GCCUGGCCCAUUGCAAUCUCGAGAAGCAACUCCGUCGCGCCGCACUCAAUCGCCUCCGAUUCUGCGGAGACUCAGCAUCGGAAUGGCGGCGGCGGCUCGUGCCGGGUUCCGGCGGCUCUUCUCCGUCUCGGCCUUCGCUGCACCGCCUCCUCCUGCCGCGCGCCCCGCGGCGAACCCUUGCAACAACCUCUUCGUCUCAGGGUUAAAUAAACGCACAACGUCCGAGGGACUUAAGGAAGCAUUUUCUAAAUUUGGUCAGGUUAUUGAAGCAAGAGUAAUCACUGAUAGGAUAUCUGGAUACUCCAGAGGAUUUGGCUUUGUCAAAUAUGCGACUGUACAAGAAGCUGGUGAGGCCAUAAAAGGCAUGGAUGGAAAGUUCCUUGACAGUUGGGUUAUUUUCGCUGAGACGCCACACAACCAUCACAACAAGGAGCACCAGCUUAUGAUUGAAGUUGCCAUACACGGUCGAUGACAUACACUGUAUUUUUCUGCCGAGUGUAAUAGUGGAUGUUGAUUGCCGGCCAAACAUUUGCAGAGAGAAUGUAGCUUGAUGUGCUCCUUGAA